GCCCAAGCAGCAGCGAUGUUGUGCCGCCUGCACCUCCUGCCGCCCCCCCACGGCCCCCUGGCUGCCCGGCUGGGCCCCGUGCGCACUCUGUGGCCGGCCCCGGGUGCCCUCUGCGCUGAGCUGGAGCAGGAGCUGCUGCGGGAGCUGGAGUCGGCCAGGGAGUUUGCCAGCAGCAUGGGGCGGCUCCUGGCUGGCGGAGGGAGCGGCAGCCCCGGGGGGGAGCCAGGCCAGGGCUCCGGCGUGGCCCUGGCCCAGGGGACGGCCGAGCCCUUCGCCGUGCGGCAGGACGUCCGGGGCUUUGCGCCCGAGCAGCUGGCGGUGAAGCUGGUGGGCAGGACGGUGCUGCUGACGGGCAGGAAGGAGACGCAGAGCGAGGACGGCAAAGGCUCCUUCUCCUACAAGUACGAGGUGUUCAAGAGGGAGUGGGACGUGCCCGGGGCUGUGGACACCGACCGCCUGACCUGCUCCAUCUCCAGGGAGGGGCAGCUGUGCAUCGAAGCCCCGUGCCUGGCCCCCCCAGCCCUCCCCACGAGGAACGUGCCCAUCCAGCUCAGCCCUGCGGGCGGCUUGGUGGCACCGGCUGAGCCGGGCUCAGGGGACGGAGCCGACAGCAGAGCCCAGGGGUAACAGCCUGAGCUGCUGGCAGCGGCCCCGGCAGAGCUGGGCGGAGAAGGGGGAGC